GGUAGAACGCUUAAAACAUUAUAUAAAGAGAUACAAGCAGGGAGUCUUUCACUCACAUUUCACUAAAGCUUCCUAUUAUCUCUCUCUUUUUCUCAAUUAUGGAGUUCUCUGUGAGGUCAUUUGCAAUAGUGUCCCUCCUGCUGUUGGUUUCCCUGUCCACUGAUAUGAGUGGUCCUCUUGUGGUGGAUGCUAGAGGAUGUAACUGGGAUCUUUGUCAAAAAUUUUGCUCACUUUUUGGUAAGCCAGCAUGCUGCCCAGGACCAUUUGGUCCGUGCCGUUGCACAGGAGGUUGUCCACGUAUUACGAGUCGUCCUCUCGUGGAGGAUGUUCAAGUUCGACGUUGUGACGUGGAUCUUUGUAAACAAUUCUGCCAGCUUCAGGGUUUUCCAGGAGGAUGCUGCUCAGCAUUUAAUGACCAGUGUGCAUGUGGAGAAAUUUGCCCAAACGAAGAGCCUUUCAUUAAGGAGAUAGUAACCGCUUGAUGCUUUGCUGCAACAGCAGGCGAAUAAAGUGCUUAUCUAUCUGUAAAGCUGGUUGAGUUAAAUAAACUGUAGAUCUCUGCUUAGAGACUACAUUAAACUGGCUGUAGUUAAAUAAACUGUAGUCUUUGCUUGAAGACUACAUUGUGGAAAUGUAGCCAUCUUUAUUUAUUCGCCUGCAAGUGCUUAUAUAUCAUGUUGUGUAUUUUAAUAAACUUGGAAUGAGUAUAUUGUCAAAUAAUUUUUGUUGUCUU